CGCCUUACCACUACAGUGUUUUGUUCACUUUGUGUAUUCACGGGUUGUAUUACUUAAUAAAGCAGUAAAACUUAACUCUACGCCUAUAAUGAGAUAAACACGAGGUGUGUAUCUCGAUCCAUCCCGAGGCCACUUCCAUGUAUUGUUGCUCUUUUCUUUCACGGCUGGGCGUCGGCAUGGCGAGCAUGAGCUCCACGCUCGUCGAGACCGUCUCCAUCAACUACGAGGACUUUAACGAGAGCUUCCUCACCUGCGGCACCUGUCUGUGCACUUAUGAUGGUGGAGAACAUACGCCGAAGCUGUUACCGUGCUCGCAUACAGUUUGUUUGCAUUGCCUCACUCGAAUAGCCGCCUCACAAACGAGAGACGCUGGUAGUUUCCGAUGCCCAAUUUGCCGCGAACUAAUAACCAUACCGCGGGGUGGAGUGCCAGCGCUACCGCCAUCCUUCCUCGUCAACCAGCUGCUAGACUUAAUGGCACGACAACGUAGGGAAGUAAUACCCCAGUGCAGUUCACAUCCUGGAAGAGAGUUGCUGUUUUGCGAGACCUGCGAUUGCGUAUUCUGCAGGCAUUGUGCGGACGGACCACACAGCGACACACCGUGCGACCAUACCGUCGUGCCAUUUUCUAUAGCUUUAAAAAGAAUGUCCGAGAUACUUUUAUAUAGAGCAAACGAAUGCCUCAGUAAAUUGGGUUCAGCGCGGGAAGCGGUAGCCAGUGAACUGAGGAGAUUAGAAGCCGCUGCAACGGCUGCGGAGGAGGCCAUAGAUAGACAUUUCGCAGAGUUGAAAGCAGCGCUAGAUAAACGCCAUAGCGAACUGAAGUCUGCGGCUGCGGCCGCCGCCACUCACAAGCGGAAAUUACUCGAGGAACAGUUGAAGUUAAUUGACGCUGAGAAAAGUAAAGUGGAAGCAGAGUGUUCGGGUCUCCAGCAACAAGUGGAAGUUAGGGAGGUGAGCAGCCGUGCAGCCGCGCUCGGCGCAAGAUUAGGCGACGCAGCCGCAUUAGCGGAACCACGCGAGAACGCCUUUCUCGCGGUCGACUUCGCUCACAAUGACGCACAGCUGCGAUUCGCCGAAGCUUUGGUGACAUUAGGCCGAGUAAGGACUAGUACAACUUUCCCUGGGCUAUGUACGCUUCAGUUAGAAUCCUCGUGUGUAUGCGGACUGGAAGUUGUAGUGACUCUCCGCACGGUGGAUUACCACGGCGAAGCACGCAGUACAGGUGGAGACCCUGUCAGUGCGGCUGCCACACUCGAUGACGCACCAUUAACCUGCACUGUUGUUGAUCUUGACUCUGGACUCUAUAGAAUCACAAUGCGUCCGUGGUCGGCGGGGUCGGUGUGCGUGCGCGUGUGCGUGUUCGCCCGCGCCGUUCGCGACUCGCCCCUUCGCUGCGACGUAGCGCUCACCGCCGCGCCGCUGCUCGUAUGGGGCUGUCGCGGCACCGGCAAGGAACAACUCAACCAACCCGUCGCCGUUGCUAGAUGUCCUAAACGACGUGAAAUCUACGUGCUGGACGCGGGUAACUCGAGAGUCAAAGUGCUAGACGAAGAAACAUUCGCUUUCAAAAAUCACAUCGUCAAUGAAGGCUUAGCAGGGCGGAGUUGUACAGGCAUCGCGGUUACGGCGGAAGGUGUUGUAGCCGUCAACUGGCGAACACGGACACUUACGGAGGUGAACAUAGAUGGCAGUACUUUGCGUACCAUUCAGUCGGAUAGACUUGUGGAGCCAGUAUGCGUGGCGGCCGAUAGUGCCACAAGGCGGUUGGCUGUCGCCGACAACGGAGCUCGUACUGUCUUCGUCUUUGACAGUCGUGGCAAUCUUGAACUUGAGAUUGGUAAUGGUAAUCUCGGCUUAGUGGGCGGCCUGGCACUGUCCGAAGACAUGAUCGUAGUAGCGGACAUGGCUGUGAGAAUAUACGACGUAGAAGGCAAUCUCAAAACGACGCUGGCACCUGUGCCAAAGGGUCGCGGCGGUUACGGAGGCAUAGCGUUAGAGAACUCUGAAAAUGGUUGGCGAAUUGUAUGCGCCCGUUCAGUUCGGGGUCGGCCAGCGCUCGUGGUCCUUGAGGCAAACAACAGCGGGCGGAUUCUGGCUGCUUGCGAAUUAGCCGACAAGAAACCCAGACGAGUCGCCGGCUUGACAUUGCUGCCCAAUAAAAGGGUGCUACUCGCCGAUUUAGCGGGCGAUUGUUUACGGCUCCACACUUAUUGGUGAAUGAUGGCAAAGGAGUAAGGAAAGGGUAAAUGAAUAAGCCGCCAGGCAAACUGUUAUCGAAUUUCAUGCUAGUCCAGUAUUGUAACGGAGAAUCGAACUGUUGGCCAUAUCCAGGACUGCGAGAGGGUACUCGUACCAAAGUCAGUAGUCGCUGCGUACAGCCAGCAACUAAGCUGCCAAUCAAACUUGUCAAUGCUGUUCUAGUCAAACAAAUAAUAGUCUAUAAUGGCAUUCAUUUUGACAGACAGCGUUUUGUUGCUCGCUGCACCGGGCCUACACGAUAUAAUUACGAUAUUUUAGUACUUACAGUAUUUAUUUCGUAUUAAGUUGGUUAAGCUACUUUUUUUAUUAUUUUUUUUACGUUAUUAAUGCCGAAUCACAUUCGACAUUUGUAUAUAAUUUUCGCGACUGAUUUUUCGUGUUUUUUUCGUACUUGUAUACAUGCCGUGUGCUUCGGGUUUGUAGACUGGGAGCAAUACAGUUCUGAUAGGAGAGUUAGGGCUUUUGUAAAGUAUAUAAUAUUUUAUUGGCGUCUGUCUCAAUUGUACUAGUCCUACGACAAUGGCAUUUAUUAUAUUCGCUAUUGCUUUGAAUAUUAAUUAAGGUCGAGGAGAUUUUCUCAAAAAUUUUGGCUUGCUGUUUGGUAGACAUAAUCAAAGAAUUAAGUGACUAUAUUCACUUUAAGUGUCUAUGAUUUCAAAUUGAAGGGGUUAGCUCGUUAUAGAACAUGCUGGCCUACAAUUUUUUUCGGAUAAGCGUGAACGACAAAUGUUGAAACUAUUUUCACAGAGUACUUUUCACUGUUUUUGAUUGGGUGCAAGCUAAAAUAUUACCCACACGCUCAAAUAGAAUACAAGAUUUUGUAUAUCAUCCAUCAUGUUCUAUAGGGAAUAGGCUGUUAACUUCUCAAAAAUUGAUUUUACAAGAUACGGCAAGACCGUUGACCAUCGUAAUUUGAAUUGCUUUCUCGUUAAAUAACUUUGGAAUUGCUCAAUGAAAACGAUGACACCAUAUCACAUAGAGAAAGCUUCCAUUUUACUAGAGAUUAUGUCUAAAUUCUAAAUAUAAUGUUCGACAUUCAAGUUACUUAUAAAACACACUUAACUCUUAAAAUAGGUAAACGUGAAAAAGUGUGAUUUGCACGCUAAAGCAUAUACUGCCAUUAAUGAAUAUCGCAAAUUUGAACAUCUAUAAAGAAAUUAUAUAUAUGACUAUAGAGGUCGUCAUGGGAUAACAGAAAACGUGUUUUCACGGAAACACAGUUUAUCAAUUCUAGCGCCUGAGACUCGUAAAGACGAAACACGCAAUGGUGACGUGCGUAUAUAUCUGGCUACUGCGCACAGGUUCCCUGUUUGAACUUUAUGAUUUCAAUGGCCAUGAAACCAUUAUAGAAAUCAAACAAAUACUUGUCUACGUAAGUAGUACCUUUAUCAUGACUUUACAAGGUUGAUAGUCGCUAGUCAACAACUUUUGUUACAUGACUUUCCAUCAUUCAUUAAAUUUUAUUUUGGUACAAAAAUAAGAAUAUUUAAAUAGAUCGCUCUAAAUGGUGAUAACUCUGUGUGGUAACAUAAGAAAGCGCUAGAGUGAAUACCAGUCCGAUGCAAAACAGGAGCAGGAGUUCAUCGAGGAGGGCGCUUGCACGUUUGAACCUA